AUGCUCAUCGGAGCUGAGACGUCCUUUGAGCUUCUGUCUGUCGGUCAGAUUAAACCAGGUCCAAAUUGUCCGAUUCUGAAAAAGACACUUGUUGGCUGGAUUGUAUCAGGACGUUACACGCCGUUAAGUCAUGAGAAGACUCAUGCUGUGAAUCUGAGUUGCCAAGAAGAGUCUUAUACCUCAAUAGACAAAACAUUGCAGAAAUUUUGGUCAUUGAAAGAGUUGCCUUCAGCCAAAAAGGUCCGAACAGUUGAACAGAAGUUAUGUGAGAGCCACUUUCAAGAUAAUUUGGAAAUACUGCCGUCAGGUAGAUUUAAAGUAAGACUGCCAUUUACAUCAGAUCCCAAUCAGCUUGGUAACUCCUUUGAGGUUGCUAAGCGUCGUUUUUUGUCGAUUGAAAGACGCUUGCCUCGAGAUCCCGAGCUUAUGGAGGAAUAUUUAACUUUAGGCCAAAUGUCUGAAAUAGAUGAUCAGAUUCCAAGUACUCCUCACUACUUCAUUCCGCAUCAGUGUGUUUUAAGACCACAAAGCACAUCGACAAAGUUAUGCGUUGUUUUCGACGCGUCCUGUCUGGCAUCGUCUCAAAUUGCGUUGAAUGACCUUCUAAUGGUUGGACCGACCAUUCAAGAGGAUCUGUACUCGACUCUAGUUCGAUUCGUCUCUACAAAUAUGCGUUGA